CAGAAAAUGUUCGUAUUAAAAAUGCAGCCGUGCAAAACUAUCUCUAACAGACAGAAAAGUAUUGCCACCCGGCUCGAAGCAGGCAUGCAGGUAUGGCUACCUCAGUCUCCGCCGAGCAACCGGCCUCUCACCACGUGUCCUCCCAGUGUCAGUACCGUUAACAAGCGUGUCCAACAACUAUUACGUGAUUUCAACCCGGAGAAACCAGAAAGUGACCAACAUGGGGCUCCGCUCCCUUCUUCUCCUCUCCCUUGCCUGCCUCGCCUCGAGCGACAAGCUCCACCUAGUCUUCGAAUGGAGCCAGCUUGACUACCAGUACGCCAGUCCCGAGGCGCGGCAGCAAGCGAUCGCCAGCAAGACGUUCAUCCCGGAGAACAACAUACCGAUGGGUGUGGAGGUCUAUGAGGACAGACUGUUCGUCACGGUGCCGCGGUGGAAGUAUGGGGUGCCGUCUACGCUGAAUUAUGUUAACUUGAAAGAUAAUAGCACGAAGUCACCCAAAUUAAUCCCCUACCCGAGUUGGGCAGCGCACUCUAUCGGUAGUGAUGGAAAACCUCCAGAAAUUAUUUCACCGUUCAGGGUCCGAGCUGACAAGUGCGGUCGUCUUUGGGUUCUCGACAGCGGAAAGAUGGGCAGCCUCGAAACUAACGCUACCAAAUUCUCGCCCUCCAUCAUCGUCUACGACUUGAAGACCGAUAAUCUUCUGAGAAAGUAUACGUUCCCUGCAGACCAGGUCAAACAAGAUUCUGGAUUCGCCAACAUUGCCGUGGAAGAUUUCGAUUGCGAAAAAACUUUCGCGUACGCCGGUGACGUUGGUAAGGCGGGAAUCGUAGUCUACUCGUGGGAAAAAAACGAAUCGUGGAGAAUCAGUCAUCAUUACUUCAACCAAGAUCCUCUGGCUUGCGAGUUUAACAUUAAAGGAUUUAACUUUACUUGGGAUGACGCCAUCUUUGGCAUGGGACUGUCGGCGCCAAACUCUGACAACUACAGCACCCUCUACUUCCACCCGAUGGCGAGCUUUAAUGAGUUCGCUGUCUCCACAGAAUUUCUGAGGAACAAAACUUUAGCUGAAGCUAACUUCAAUUCUUUUAAACUACUCGGGAGUAGAGGUCCAAAUGCUCAAUCAAGUGCGUCCUUCGUGGAUCCCAAGACGGGCGUCCUUUUCUACUCUUUAGUGAACCUUAACGCUGUCGCUUGCUGGCGGACGUCCAACAAGGAAUACACAAUGAAGAACCAGGGUAGAAUCUCCAUGAACGACACUACCAUGAUCUACCCUACCGACAUUAAGGUGGACAGCAAUCAGAACUUAUGGGUUCUCUCUAACAGGUUGCCAUUCUGGAUGUACGGACAAAUGAACCCUGCAGAUGUUAACUUUAGGGUAUUCACAGCUCCCGUCUUAGAAGCGAUUAGCCACACAGCGUGUGACGUCACGGCGAGAUCUGAUAUUCUUGAUAAGUUUUUGGGUAAUGUAAAGAAUGCUACAGCAAAGAUUGCCUCUAAGAUAAAGCCAAAUUCAGGUACUUCGUUUGCGCCUAUGUCGUUCGUUGCGUUGGUUAUGUUAAGUUUAUUCGUAUCUUCUACUGAAUAUUAAGAGCUUAGUCCAUGUAACUGUUACAGAAAGCGUGGCGUUACUUAACUUGUGUGUCUAGCAAGAGUUGAUAAUUCGGUAUAAAUUGUUUGUCCUCUCUUGGCC